AUGCAAGUAUUUGUUAAAACACUCACAGGCAAGACUAUCACUCUCGACGUAGAGUCAUCCGACACUAUUGAUAACGUCAAAACCAAGAUCCAAGAUAAGGAGGGUAUCCCCCCUGAUCAGCAACGUUUGAUUUUCGCUGGCAAACAGCUCGAGGAUGGUAGAACACUUAGUGACUACAACAUCCAAAAGGAAUCCACACUUCAUUUAGUCUUGAGAUUACGUGGUGGUAUGCAGAUAUUCGUAAAGACUCUCACAGGUAAAACAAUCACUCUAGAAGUAGAAUCACAAGAUACCAUCGACAACGUGAAGACUAAAAUCCAAGACAAGGAAGGUAUUCCACCAGAUCAACAGCGUCUCAUCUUUGCUGGUAAGCAAUUAGAGGACGGUCGUACUCUCUCAGACUACAAUAUUCAAAAAGAGUCUACACUCCACUUGGUUUUACGUCUCCGUGGUGGUAUGCAAAUUUUCGUCAAGACUCUUACCGGUAAGACAAUUACUUUAGAGGUUGAGUCACAGGAUACCAUCGAUAACGUUAAAACUAAGAUUCAAGACAAGGAAGGUAUUCCUCCAGAUCAACAGCGUUUAAUUUUCGCUGGUAAACAGCUCGAAGAUGGUCUAUUUGUAAAGACACUCACAGGUAAAACUAUCACGUUGGAAGUCGAGUCCUCAGAUACUAUCGAUAACGUCAAAACCAAAAUCCAAGACAAAGAAGGUAUUCCACCAGAUCAACAGCGUCUCAUCUUUGCUGGUAAGCAAUUAGAGGACGGUCGUACUCUCUCAGACUACAAUAUUCAAAAAGAGUCUACACUCCACUUGGUUUUACGUCUCCGUGGUGGUAUGCAAAUUUUCGUCAAGACUCUUACCGGUAAGACAAUUACUUUAGAGGUUGAGUCACAGGAUACCAUCGAUAACGUUAAAACUAAGAUUCAAGACAAGGAAGGUAUUCCUCCAGAUCAACAGCGUUUAAUUUUCGCUGGUAAACAGCUCGAAGAUGGUCGUACACUUAGCGAUUACAAUAUCCAAAAGGAAUCCACGCUUCACUUAGUCUUACGUCUUCGUGGUGGUAUGCAAGUAUUUGUAAAGACACUCACAGGUAAAACUAUCACGUUGGAAGUCGAGUCCUCAGAUACUAUCGAUAACGUCAAAACCAAAAUCCAAGACAAAGAAGGUAUUCCACCAGAUCAACAGCGUCUCAUCUUUGCUGGUAAGCAAUUAGAGGACGGUCGUACUCUCUCAGACUACAAUAUUCAAAAAGAGUCUACACUCCACUUGGUUUUACGUCUCCGUGGUGGUAUUCCUCCAGAUCAACAGCGUUUAAUUUUCGCUGGUAAACAGCUCGAAGAUGGUCGUACACUUAGCGAUUACAAUAUCCAAAAGGAAUCCACGCUUCACUUAGUCUUACGUCUUCGUGGUGGUAUGCAAGUAUUUGUAAAGACACUCACAGGUAAAACUAUCACGUUGGAAGUCGAGUCCUCAGAUACUAUCGAUAACGUCAAAACCAAAAUCCAAGACAAAGAAGGUAUUCCACCAGAUCAACAGCGUCUCAUCUUUGCUGGUAAGCAAUUAGAGGACGGUCGUACUCUCUCAGACUACAAUAUUCAAAAAGAGUCUACACUCCACUUGGUUUUACGUCUCCGUGGUGGUAUGCAAGUUUUCGUCAAGACUCUUACCGGUAAAACAAUUACUUUAGAGGUUGAGUCAUCAGACACCAUCGAUAACGUCAAAACGAAGAUUCAAGACAAGGAAGGUAUUCCACCAGAUCAACAACGUCUUAUCUUUGCUGGUAAGCAAUUAGAGGACGGUCGUACUCUCUCAGACUAUAAUAUUCAAAAGGAAUCUACGCUCCACUUAGUCUUACGUCUUCGUGGUGGUAUGCAAGUAUUUGUAAAGACACUCACAGGUAAAACUAUCACAUUGGAAGUCGAGUCCUCAGAUACUAUCGAUAACGUCAAAACCAAAAUCCAAGACAAGGAAGGUAUUCCGCCAGAUCAGCAGCGUCUCAUUUUCGCUGGUAAACAAUUAGAAGAUGGCAGGACUCUUUCAGAUUACAAUAUACAAAAGGAGUCCACCCUUCACUUGGUCUUAAGAUUGCGUGGUGGUCAAUAA